AUGGCAGUUGGUGGUUUACUCAGACGGCUUCUAUUUUCAGUCUGUUUCGUUUGUCCUAACUUAUGCGCUUUGGUAAUUCACUUUUCAAAAGCGGGAUCAAAGGCAUCGUCUGCUUUUUUUCAAGGUGUGGUGAACCUAACUUUUCAUGGAAUUGGCAAGGAACUUGGCUCCGCAGUUUUUGGAAUCUGUUUUGAAGAAUUUGGUACAAGAUUAAGUUUCUGUGGUUUCUCUGUUGUCACUGUGGCUUGGAUGGCGGUGUUUACUAUUUAUAUCUUCUGUGCUAAAGAUGUUCAUAGUUACCAGGAGGUCCCACGGGAGGAAGAAGUUAGUGAUGAUGAUCGAGAAAUAAAGUGAAGUUGAUGCGGAGCAUUUGCACUGAUAAUAUGCCGCUGGCGGAUCUGGGGGUAGUCAGAAUAAAUUACACAGCUAAAUUUUGAAUUCAAAACACCUUAAUAUUUUUAAAAUGAAAAGGAUAUUUUUAAAUAAAAAUCUAUUAGGAUUUUAAGCGAUUGCGAUUUCAAGCUGUAAUAAUUUAUUCUGAUCACCCCCAGAUCCGCUACUGUAAUCUGUUAAAAAUAUUUCCAGGUGUUUAAAUUACGUUCUUAAGAUAUGAAAAAUAGAAUUCUGAAGAUAAAAUAGAAAUCGAUGUAAAUUCGAGUAAACCCUCAUGAUUGCGUGGUGGCCAUUAAUUUU